AUGCUUGUUUGUGAACGCUGCGGAUCCAAGGGUUUUAUUAGGCGACCUAAAACCGGCAAUGUCCUCUGUCGUGACUGUUUUCUCUGGUGUUUCGAAGAGGAAGUCCACUGGACUAUCAAAACUGCAAAACUUUUAAACAGAGGAGACAAAGUGGCCAUUGGAGCUUCUGGUGGCAAAGAUUCAACUGUUUUGGCCUAUGUUAUGAAACUGUUGAAUGAUCGUCAUGAUUAUGGUGUCGAAUUAAUUUUGCUGUCUAUUGAUGAAGGUAUAUCUGGCUAUCGCGACGACUCUCUAGAAACGGUAAAACGUAAUAAGGAACAAUAUGGACUACCACUCAAAGUUCUCUCCUACAAGGAUCUCUAUGGAUGGUCUAUGGAUGAUAUAGUUAAGAAGAUAGGACUCAAGAAUAACUGUACAUUUUGUGGUGUCUUUCGACGUCAGGCCCUCGAUCGGGGUGCGGCAAUUGUUGGAGCCAACAAAAUAUGCACCGGACACAAUGCCGAUGAUGUUGCUGAAACUGUGAUAAUGAAUGUCCUUAGAUGCGAUAUCGGCCGUCUUCAGCGUUGUACGGGCAUUGUUACUGGGGCAGAUGGGACGCUGCCGCGAUUCAAACCGUUCAAGUAUGCCUACGAAAAGGAGAUCGUGAUGUAUGCCAUCGCGCGAAAGCUGGACUAUUUUUCAACAGAGUGCAAGUACGCUCCAAACGCCUAUCGGGGUUUCGCUCGGGCCUACAUCAAAGAUCUGGAAAAAUUGCGCCCGCGAAGCAUUCUCGAUAUCAUCAGUUCCGGCGAGCAAAUGGUCAUCAGACAGGGAGUCAAAAAACCUACACAGGGAACUUGCAGUGCCUGUGGGUACAUUUCGAGUCAGAAAUUCUGUCAGGCCUGUGUUCUGCUAAAAACUCUUAAUGACGGUCUUCCGGCAGUUCAAAUAGGCGAGAACGCGAUGACACCACAGGCCCUUAUGAAAACUCGCUCAAAUCAGGCUAGUGCAGAAAUAACCGAGUCUUUGGCCAGCUUGACGAUCGACUCAAAGAUCGAUGCUCCACCCCGUCGAGUAACCUCUUCCCCAAACCCCGGAUCUAGGUAG